AUGGAUCCACAACAACUAAGAACUGACCAAUUCAGUUCAUAUCAAGAUGUAAAAUAUUCAAUAAUAUUCAGUGCAGAUUUAAUAAAUCAUUUAAUACCGAUAAGAAACAUAAUAAUAAUUAAUAAUAAUAAUAAUAAUAAUAAUAAUAAUAAUAAUAAUAAUCAACAUCAUGUUAAUUGCGACGAUGAAGAAGAACAAAUAAAUAAACAAGAUGUAAAGCGAUCAGAAAAAAUAUUGUCAUCCAUAGAAGUCAAUAAAGAUAAUCAACAAAAUCACAAUCAUCAUCAUAAUCAUAAUCAUCAAAAUGAUAGUAGUAGUUCAAAAAAGAAAUCGAAUCAAACUAAUCUAGAAAAAUACUAUCAUCAACAACAGUUGAACUCCGAUAGAUCUGGACCACCCGAAAUCAGACCAGAGGAAAUUACAUUCGAGGAACUGAUCGGUACUGGUUCAUUUGGUAAAGUAUAUAAGGGUCGUUGUCGUCAAAAAUCAGUGGCCGUCAAGUUGCUACACAAACAAAACUAUGAUGCCGCUACACUUGCUGCCUUUAGAAAGGAGGUGCAUCUGAUGAGCAAGAUCUACCAUCCAAAUAUCUGUCUUUUCAUGGGUGCAUGUACCAUCCCAGGUAAAUGUGUUAUCGUAACUGAACUCGUUCCAAAAGGUAACUUGGAAACCUUGUUACACGACGAAAAAAUUCAACUCCCAUUAUAUCUUAGAAUGAGAAUGGCAAGAGAUGCAGCAUUGGGUAUCAAUUGGUUGCACGAAUCAAACCCUGUAUUUGUACACAGAGAUGUAAAAUCUUCAAAUCUUUUAGUGGAUGAAAAUAUGCAAGUUAAAAUUUGCGAUUUCGGUCUAUCUGCUUUGAAACAAAAACAUAAAAUGUUGAAGGAUCAAUCUAGUGCAAAGGGUACUCCUUUGUAUAUGGCACCAGAGGUUAUGAUGUUCAAGGAGUUCAAUGAGUCUAGCGAUGUAUAUUCAUUCGGUAUUGUUUUGUGGGAGAUUCUAACACGUAAGGAACCAUUCUCACACCACAGAGAACUCGAAAAGUUUAGAGAGGCAGUCUGUGUCAAGCACGAGCGUCCACCCAUUCCACACGACUGUUUGGAUCUCUUGAGAAAGUUAAUCGAGAGAUGCUGGGACAAGGAUCCAGCCAGACGUCCAUCGUUCAAGGAGAUCAUCUCGUGUCUCGAUCAUAUCAUUGUCGACGCUGCCAUCUCUGACCUCAGAGGACGUGAAUUCUGGAAGAAGUGCUUCCUCACCGAGCAAGAAGUACCAUGGGAGUCGUUCAUCGACGCACUCUGUGAGUGGUCGAAAGUACCCACCAGAAACCAAUGCGAAAAGACAUCGACCGAGUAUCUGAACAUCAAGUGUCUCAAGGCAAUCCUCGCCGAUUCACCCAAGUCCGAGGGUACUGGAGUGGACAAUGUCGUCAACAUUGAGAAAUUUGGAAAGAUCCUCGAGUUCUUUGGACCGAUGUGCGCCUCUGGUGAAGGACCAUCGCUCAUGGAAAUCGUGCGUGAAAUCCUCGCUCAAAAGUGGUUCCACGGAUACUUGGAGACUGUCGAUGCUGCCUCACGUCUCAAUGGUCAACCGGUCGGAUCGUUCUUGGUCCGUUUCAGUUCGACCAACUCUGGUUGCUUCACAAUCUCACAGGUCGUAAACGAGUCUGGAUUGAUCAAGCAUCAACGUGUUGCUCGUCUCGGAAACAAGUUGAACUACCAAGGUAUCAACUACAGCACACUCAUUGAAAUCGUUCAAAAGAAUGGUGGUGGAAACAACGGUGACGUACGUCUUGAUGCUAGUCUCGGUGUUCCAAACUAUAAAUUCAUGUCCCUAUUCUGUCCAUCCACUCCAGGUGCUGAUACUUAUUAA